AGAAGGCAGUCGAGAGGGAAAGAAGAGAAGGGAGAAAGCAUCAUCGUAUAUUACAUAAUCGCUGAUGAAGUUUGGCACAAACAGCGCAGAGUCAUGAGGAACUGGAGCUUCUUUGUUUGUAGCACUUGAAGAUUAAGCUUGUUAUCACCUGGAUGAUGAAAAAAAAAACAAUGGACAUUGCCUGGAAAUUCUUUGUGUGGCAGCUAUAGAUUUUAUGUUAUAAUCUGAAUAGUAAAACUGUUAAAAGUAAGUAGCCAUGCCACUGGGCAGCUCCAUUCGAAGGCGCUUUGCCCGCCUGCAUUCAUCCUUGAGGUGGAGCACUGGGCACCUGUUCAGCAAGGGAUCGACGAGGUCCUGCAAGAGUGUGGAGAUAAGGCGAAAGCAGUCACGGAGUCAGAGUGUGGUUCAGGCCAUGGAGGACAGCUAUGAGGUGGACCUGGUCUACAUCACAGAGAGGAUCAUCUCUGUCUGUUUCCCCGCCAGCGCCGAGGAACGCAGCUACACCACCAACCUCAAGGAGGUGGCGACGAUGCUGCAGUCCAAACAUGGCGAGCACUAUCUGGUGCUCAACCUGAGCGAGUGGAGGAAUGACUUAUCUAAGUUAAACCCCAAGGUUCUGGAGUUUGGCUGGCCAGACCAGCAUGCACCGGCGCUGGACAAGAUCUGCAGCAUGUGCAAGGCCAUCGACACGUGGCUCAACGGAGACCCGCGCAACGUAGUGGUUCUACACAACAAGGGGAACCGAGGUCGAACAGGGGUGGUGGUGGCUGCGUACAUGCACUACAGCAACAUAUCUGCAAGUGCUGACCAGGCGUUGGACAGGUUUGCCAUGAGGCGCUUCUACGAGGACAAAGCACUUCCUGUUGGUCAGCCGUCACAAAAAAGGUAUGUGCAAUACUUCAACGGCCUUCUGUCCGGACACAUAAAAAUCAACAACAAGCCUCUGUUCCUGCAUCACGUUAUCAUGCACGGCAUACCCAACUUUGAGUCCAAAGGAGGCUGCCGUCCCUUCCUGAAGAUCUACCAGGCAAUGCAGCCAGUCUAUACGUCAGGAAUAUACAAUGUGCAAGGAGACAGCAACACCAGUAUCUGCAUCACCAUUGAACCCGGCCUGCUUCUGAAGGGAGACAUCUUGCUGAAGUGUUACCACAAGCAGUACAGAAACGCCACCAGAGAUGUGGUGUUCAGGGUGCAGUUCCACACCUGCGCCAUCCACGACCUCGGGGUGGUUUUCGGGAAGAACGAGCUGGAUGAGACGUUCAAAGAUGAGAGGUUUCCAGAGUAUGGGAAGGUGGAGUUUGUUUUCUCGUAUGGGCCUGAAAAAAUCAAAGGUCUGGGCCACCUGGAGAACGGGCCGAGCGUGUCCGUUGACUACAACACCCAGGACCAUCUGAUCCGCUGGGACUCGUACGAGAGCUUCACCCAGCGCUGUGAGGAAACUGUGGACGGCGAGCACGAUGUUGUUCACACUCAAGGACCACUUGAUGGAAGUCUGUAUGCCCGGGUCCGCAAGAAAGACUCCCUGGAGGGAGUUGUCACCAUCAAUGGCCUCCCAGUCCAUCAAAACCCAUUGACCAAUACAGAGAAUGCGUUACAACACCCCAACCAUCCCCUCCAAACCACUGACCAGACCCUUCCUGUGACAGGCCACGCCUCCCUCCCUGCUGUCGACCACACCCUCUCCGUGAGCAGCGACUCAGGCAACUCUACCGCAUCCAUCAAGACUGAUCGUACUGAUGAGCACAGCCAAUCCUUGCAGAGCGCCGUGAACCACAACAACGCAACAGCGACCCACCCGCCCCUCAGCCCACAGGAGAAAAGGGAGCUCGACCAGCUUCUGAGCGGCCUCGAGGCACCAACUCUUCAACGACAAGCCUACCUGUCCACGUCCACCAGUCCAGGAGGAGGUGUCCUACACCUGGUCCCAGCACAGGUGCAUGUUAACGGCGGCCACACGAGGGUGGUGGGCGCCCCUUCAACAGAGGAGCGUGAGACCGAUAUUCUAGACGACGAGCUGCCCAAUAGCCAAGAGGGCAACAGCGUGGACAGCUUGGGCACGCUGUCAUCCCCAGAGGGCCAGGCAACACCAGCUGACCUCUACUACCAAUCACAGACACCCAUCAGCAGGCAGAACGACGGGCCGUACCUUGAGAGAGGUGUUCUUGGAGAAAAGUUAAUCGAGAUGCCUGUGCACGGAGUACGAACUCCCACGGUGAUGCAAGAGAGGUCUGUGGACUCUGCAUCACCACAGGGGGGAUACAACAACUACCAGAAUGGAGGAGGGAUGUACCGUUCACAGUCUUUUGGGAAUCCACCAGCCAGCAGCCCUGAGACUAACCCUAAACUGAUGCCCAGGGCUCCAGAGAGGAGCACCAGUAGCCGGGAGGCUGUCCAAAGAGGUCUCAAUGCCUGGCACCAGUAUAGCCUCCCAGAUGAUCCUUUUGGCCCACCUCUUCAGUCAACCCAUAGCUUGCCCCACUUCCCCACCUCAGCCUCGCAGCGGGACAUUGAGCAGUCCAUCGAGGCGCUCAACAUGCUCAUGCUUGACUUGGACCCGAUCAACUCCCACAUGUCCAAGUCCCACAGUGCACCUCCUGGGGAGAACAGCGUCAAUUCUUCCCAGGCGCCCUUCUCCCAGACCCUUGCAAGACCCUCAUACCAAGCAGACUCUGCCAUCCACGGUUACAAUAACUCCGGGUCUGUCAACAACUCCUUUCAUCAGCCCACGCGGUCGGCUGGCAGAGUCUCAACAUUGCCCAAUCAAAGCCCCGUUAUGGAGUCGCCGUUGUAUUCUCCCCAGAGGUCCAACGCUGGCUACCAACACCAAAACACCACCCCGACACACACCCCAGAGCCACACCUCCACACACGUCAUGCAGCCCACCACUACCCCGCCGAUCCCUCCUCUAAUUUCAUCCAGCAGGUGCCAGUGAAGCCUGUGAACUCGUACCCAGGCGGUGGGGUUUCCCACUCCCCAGACCUGCAGGGUUCGUCUCCUUAUCCAGGCUACAGUGCCUCUUCCUCUCCUCUCCCUGCACUAACCCCCCAGCCCAAGGAUACAUCUUCUUCAUCCUUGCCCAGAGAUCAAGAUGUAGAGGAGGAGACGCUAAACUUAGAGGGCCUGGUGGCUCACCGCAUCGCCGGGGUUCGCUCCAGAGGAAUGACCCCAGAAGUGACGCAGGAGACCGGCCGGCGUCGGACCACCAGCGAAGGGCAGUACCAGAGCAGCCAUAACAAUCCACCGACAGUGGACUCACCGGACUUCGCCCACAAUCUGGCCCUCAACCCAGGAGGAAGACCCAGAGAGGGCACCAUGCACAGCUACCGGGAGGCGUUUGAGGACGACGACGCAGACGGGUUCGCCAACAGUCCCACCCUCGUAGGCGGUGGUGAGAAUUCCCCCCAGACCCCCAGCUUCCCUGUGUCGCCACAGACUCCUUACUUCAACAUGUCUCGCUCUCCUCCAGGUUUGGCCAAGACUCCUCUGUCAGCGCUGGGACUCAAGCCUCAUCAGCAGGGCGGAUCAGAUAAUUGCAGUUUUGGGGACUCCAGAGGACAACCGUUCAACGCUCCUCUCUCCUCCAGCAGUCCCAUCCACAGUGCUGAUGGAAGGAGGAUUGGUUCUUCAGAUGUUGCCCCGCACAGCCCCACCCCCUCCUACCCUCACAGACCCACCUCCCCUGAGGGCUCCCAGGUCAACAUCAUGGGUGUCCACACGGUCCCCGGCAGUCCCAACACCCUCCACCGCACAGUGGCCACCAACACGCCGCCGAGCCCCGCCCUCCAGAGACGCCUGGGUCAAGCCAGCCCCUCACUGGCCAGACACCCGCCCCCAGUUGGUGGCAACAGAGACGGCGUCCCUUCCAGCCCUCUGAUUGGUCGAAACCCUAAAACAGCAGCCGCCGGCGUGCCCCCCAGCCCUCUGAUGGGGCGCCGCAUGGCGGCGAGCGGCCACAGCACGCCUGACGAGCUGGGGGCUGCUUCUCGUCAGGGGAGCGCCCAACCGCCGUCCACGCCCACCUUCCCCGUCUCCCCACAGCUGCCGGAGAAGAGGCACAUGAGCAGCGGAGACGCAGAGAGGACAGACAACAAGAACCUGACGCCUACACCAGCGAGCGGUGGCAGCACGCCAAACCUGUCCGGCACACACACACUCCCGGACGUCUCAAAGUCCAUAUACGACGGUUAUCCAGACAUUAAGAUGAAUGUCAAGUUUGUGCAGGACACCUCCAAGUACUGGUACAAGCCAGACAUCUCCAGAGAGCAAGCCAUCAACCUGCUGAAGGACAGGGAGCCCGGGGCGUUCAUCAUAAGGGACAGCCAUUCCUUCCGCGGAGCCUACGGUCUGGCCAUGAAGGUGGCCUGCCCACCCCCAACCAUCCAACAGAACAAAAAAGUUGGUGACAUGACUAAUGAGCUGGUGAGGCACUUCCUGAUUGAGACGAGCGCCAAGGGCGUCCGUCUGAAGGGUUGUCCCAACGAGCCCUACUUCGGUUGUCUCUCUGCUCUCGUGUACCAACACGCGAUGACUCCGCUGGCUCUGCCCUGCAAGCUGAUGAUCCCCACCAAAGACCCAAAUGAAGAGGCGCUGGAACUUGCCACACCGACUGAUCCGGUUGUUGAGCUUCUGAAGCAGGGAGCAGUCCAGAAGGUUCCUGAGGACGCCCACGCGUGCAAUGUUCUGUACAUCAACUCUGUGGACAUGGAGUCCCUCACAGGGCCUCAGGCCAUUGCCAAGGCAAUCAGCCAGACUUUGGAGACCAACCCUCUGCCUGCUGCGACCACCGUCCACUUCAAAGUGUCGACGCAAGGCAUCACGCUCACCGACAGUCAGAGGAAACUUUUCUUCAGGCGACACUACCCCAUCAACACGGUAACCUACUGUGACACUGAUCCCCAGGACAGAAAAUGGGGCAAAGAAGGAGGUGGCUCAGUGAAGCUUUUUGGAUUCGUCGCAAGGAAACAAGGAAGCACAACAGACAAUGUCAGCCACCUGUUUGCUGAGCUGGACCCGGAUCAGCCCGCCUCCGCCAUCGCCAGCUUCGUCUCCAAAAUGAUGAAGCGGUGAAACCCCCCCAACGUCCGAAUGGCAGUGGCCGUUUUGAAAUCUCCCUUCGUCGUUGGUGUCUUUUUCACCAGGACUCGAUGAUGUCCUUUUUUCUGUUUCCUGUUGGUUUGUUUCCGUUUCCCUUCUCUCUUUUUUUCUCUCUGCCUCUGGUUUGUCUUGACCUUGGUCUUUUUUGGGAGAGUCUGUGUAUGAAGGAUUUGGUGUGGAUCCAGAGUGGAGCUAGUGGAUGUGUGGUGUGGAGCUGUGAACGUGACAAACACGGAGGCCAUUGAAGGGAGAGAAUUAACUCACGGGGGUAACCCGUGGUAGAAGAAAAUGCUAGCUGAAGACUAAAGGAACAAUGCUAAGUUCAGUCGGGGAACAUGUAAGGACUCGUACGUUUCAGGGUUUUCUGUUGUCGUUUUUGUUGAUUGAUUUACCAAAGGUAGUUGCAACACAAGUGCAAGAAUGACGUAGCUAUUAAGCCAUUAUUAUUUCCUCUUUUCAAAAGAUGAAGUGUUGAAAAAAAAAGAAAAGAAAUACGGUUUCUUCUUGAACUCGUCUUCAGGAAAAAAGUUGGCCUUGAUGGCUUUUAGCAAAACAGUGUCUGAAGACCUUAUGCAUGUUAGCUUGAUCUUUAAGCUUGGUUCUUCUACCUUCCACAAAAGUCAUUGUGAAAUCCUUAGAGUGGUCAUUUCCGGGUCUGUUGUGUGUUGGAAAGGGCUCUGCAGUGAAACAACGACUGAUCUAAACUGCGCACAGCGGACCAGACUUUAAAAAAGAAAAAAAAAAAAAAAACCCGCCACGCUAAAGGUCACCGCACUUUGUGUCAGUGCAGCCACACUUGCAUCACCUCGGCCUCCGGUCCAAGCCUGAUCGCUCUCUCUCUCAAAACUGGCUUAUUGGAUUACUUUCGCCUGAAUUCAGCAAGCUCCUGACAGCAUGGCAGACAGAGAGAGAAAGACUGUUUGUCCACAAGAUGGCGCCCCUCAUUCAGGCUUGGACCCUGCCCCCCCCCUCCCAGACUUGCCCAUCACCAACUGCUUGCAGUAGUGGAUCUGUUGAUAGACGCUGCCACUGAAACACACUGGAAUCACCAGGGACUGGCCCCAUGACCUGGACCUAUGCACUGUUCUUUAUGCAUGUUGUUGUCCAAAAACGCACCCUCCCUCAUAGCUACAUUCAACAUCACUGAAAACAUUCUAUGCUUUGUGCUAAAAAGACUUAAAAACCUUUAGACAAGUACACAGAGGUUGUAUGACUUGUCAAAGACUGCAUGAAAUAGACAACGUUUUUGUACUCUCCUCAGAGUCCUAAAAAGAAGUAGACAACCCAUUGUUGAAGUAGUCACAUGAUGGUGAGAUGCUAUAUUUUUACCUUUUUUUUCCUUGAUUUUUGGUCCAUUUGAGCCAGGGUUACCUUUCACUGUAUCAAGGACAGUCCGGUCUUUGUUUUUCGUUCCACAGUGUCGUCAAAAUCUACAUUUAGAUACCCUUUAGGGCAACGGGGAAAAAAAAAAAGAGUUUCCACACUGUGCGCAAAUGCCUGCUUGUUGAACACACGCUCAACCAU